UAUCUUCUGAUUCUAGCUUUUGUAAGUCAGCAGUGAUCUGCUCUUCCUAUCCUGAAUGUGGAUUCAGGCAACCCAACAGUGGUGUACUCCGUUCUUGCCUGGAUUGUUUCCUUGGAAAUGGAUUUCUGUAUCGAUUCAAAUAUGGAGUUAGUUGAUCAUUUUUCCUUGCUCAGGUGCGGGGUGGCACAUGCUCCAUUGCAAAUUCUGACCCACCAGAACAAGUUAUCCACCGAACAAUGUAUCUUCUUCAAAGUGGAUUUGGCAAUUAUGGUGUGCUUCUAAACAACUGCGAAGACUUUGCGCUUUAUUGCAAAACUGGUCUUCGGGUAGUGGGCGGUAGAAAUAGAACUGAAACCGGAAACACUGGGGUUGGAGGAAGUGGUCAAACCUCUUCUUUCGUCGGUGUCCCAUUGGCUGCCAUUGUUUCUUCUACUUUGAAGUGGCUGGUGCCAAUUGCUGUUCGCAUGGCUACGGCGGCGGUUGGGUACGCUGGGAUGUACUGUAUGACCAGAUAUGCAAAUGAUAUUGGCGUUCGAGAGGAUGUGAUGAAGGUGGCAGUGGAGGACUUGGCUGAGAACAUGGGUUGGGAAGGCAACGAGGCUUAUUUUGUUCAAAUGAAUUCUGUGCUAGUUCCAAUUCUUGAUGGAACGAAUUUCACAGAAUGGUCUCAACAAGUUCGGUUUCACCUUGGUUUUCUGGAUCUUGAUUUAGCACUUCGGAUUAAUAAACCGCAUGCUAUUACUAAAUCAAGUAAUGCAAAAGAAAGGGUUAUGUACAAGUCUUGGGAGCGAUCAAACAGAUUGAGCAUUAUGUUUAUGCGGAACACCAUAGAGAGCAAAUUAACUCAGUUCUUCCUGAAUAUGACAAUGCUAGGGAGUUCUUCAAAACUGUGA